AUGGCGUCGGAUUGGCUGGAUCAGAAGGAACGGGAGGCAAUCGUCAGACAAGCAGCUGAAGCGUACGAAGAUGAUGAAGACCUACUCGAAGACCAACGCACAAUCACUGUCCAAAUCGGAUGGACUGAAUCGAGCCGGAAAGACGGAGAAGUACUACCCCGGGUACAUCUGCUGCACAUGGAUUCGUGGCACAACAUCGAUCUGGCUGAUCCAGUCCACGCCCUCGCGCUUGCACGAUUUUUGGCACUCUGCAUAGACAAGCAAAUCAUAGCUGUCCGUGAUAGCAUAUCUGCGGGCCGGGAAGCUCUCACCGAUGAACUCCGGCGGGGAGGCGUCAGGCGAUGGAGGGUCGACUCAUCCAUAGUCGUCGAACUUCCAUGUUCUACUUCUGGAUGCGACGAACGAGUUUCUCUGUGGCUUCGUGACCUCCCAGAGUACUUUCCGGGGGCGACGCGCGAUAAGCCACUGUCGGACGAAGAUAUCGUCACUACGGACGCGCCACCAUUAAUUGAAUCUGACAAACGCACGUCGUGCUCCAAUUUUUGCGACGCAAGUCGACCGGGCGCGUUCCAAGAUGCGGUGCAUUGGCUACUGGACAGGAGAUCCGUCUUAGUUUCACUGCUCUCUGACCCUGGUAUGUGCGAUGCUUAUAUGCUUGUUGGGACAUUCUUUUGGCCUAGCGAGUGGACCGAGCUGUCGAACAUGCCAAGGGUUGACGCGAAUAUGACGGAACUCCUGCGCGAGCUCAUGGGAGAAGUUGCGACUCGCAGAAAGCAGACCGAGAUGGACAGUGCACGGUAUAGUCAUACCGACGGUGGCGACGAUUCCGGAUGGGGAGAUGUCCGGGAUGAGGUCAUGCGACUUCUUGCUGGUAGCUUCUCCUCAAUCCUACAUGCGUGCAGGCAGGCACAUAGCAAGGCCCGAUCGGCGGCAAGCACUAUUGAGGCUGGUUGGCGACAUGACUGA